CACGGCUGCACUCGUAGUGCUCGAUUAAUGUGGAUUAUUUCAAGAAAACACUGUUUCAACGCCUUGUUAUUCUCGAUUUUAAGGUCAAUUUAAAGUUAGGCACAACCGAAGGAAGCAUUAGUGAUGUUCUUAUUGCCCAUAACAGAUGCAAUUCAGAUGAUAACAGAAAAUGAUAUAUGGUCAGCUUGAUUAUCAACUACUGAAGAUAAUACAAAGAAAAUAAUGUAGUUUUAGAGGUAACAUUUGCAGUAACAUCGACUUUCGACUGUGCUGUGAUGACGUUCAUGGAAAAUACUGUGUAAAAAGAAAAUGUUACAUUGGUGAUGAAAAAAGAGUUAUUAGUCUAUGGAGUAGAAAGUGACCACAAUAUAUAUGCAGAAAAUUGUAUUUUUCUAUGGAGUAAAAAGUGAUCAGUUCUGAUCUGAGUAAAAUCAUUUUUAUUGAGAAAGAUUAAUUGCAUAUACAAAUAUGAGUAGCAUGAUUACAUUCGAGUAACUUUGAUCCCACUUACAGUUUAGUGACCACAAGAGGAACUGACACAAGAAGAAGAAGAACCAUAAGGGGAAAAUCUUACUGGUGGUGAUGCACAAAGAAGGUAAAAGAUAAAAAUUAUCACAAGUCACUCAUUUUGUUAAGAGGAAACGGUAAGCAGAGAAGGAGGAGGAGGGGGAGGAGGAGGAGGGGAGAGAAGGAGAAGGAGGAGGGGAGGAGGAGAACGAGAAGGAGGAGGGGUGGAAACGGAGGGAAAAUGAGAAGGAAAAGGAGUCAAAAUUGAAUGUAGAGAUAUCUGUAUUGCCAGUAAUUUAGACAACUAUCCUCUGUCAGAGGGUCAAGUAGUUUUAGUCCUGUACACUACUGCAUAGUCGAGGAGAAGGAGAACUUGAUAGUACUGUCCUUUGUGAUGGCCAAUAGCGAGAGGUCUCCAGCUCCUCCGCCACCUCGCCUAUUGAGGUCUCCGAGUCACGAGAGCGUGAGUACUGAGCUCUCUUUAUUUUCCAUCAGUAGUGCGGCAUCUGAGAUGUCCCGAGUUGGCCUAAAGGUGGUCCUGCCCGCCCACCUAGCUAGAGGUCCCUCUCCAACCCCCGAGGGAAGACACCGCCUUCAGGUAAGAGGAGAGGUUCCUUCGGGUAGUGGAGGGUGUGGAGGGAGUUCUGCAGGGGACGUGGGAUCCAGCAACUUGUGGGGGGAAGAGGAGAGUGAGCUUAUCAGGUCCUGUGCUGCCUUAAGUUCAGCUUUAGGAGUUCACAAAAGCUUCAGCACUUCCGAUAUUAAUGGUGUUGGAGCGAGCAACAACGACGGGGAACUUUCAAGGACCUGGGUGAGCGAGGUGAAUGUUUGUGGUGGUGGUCGACUAGAAGGAGUUUUCCUGCCAAGACUCGAUCCAACUUCACGUUCCUGCUCGACUUGGGUUGCAGUUGGUGAUGUAGCAUCGACCUCCCAACUUCCGUCUCCGCAAGCUCGGCCGGGAUCCCUAGAGAGUCCAGCCAUCACUGCUGCUGAUCUCAUCAGAUCUGUCAACAAAAAGGUUCGGCAGAACUACAUCAAGAGAAGACUGGUGACCACUUACCGGGCGUUGCAAAGGUUUUCGCUCUCGGAGGUAAACCUCGAAGGUGGAGUACUUCCUGCCUCCGCUACUGUCAAGGUUGACAGCGGUGGCGUGACAUUAGUAGUCCCUCCUCGGCAGCAGGCUGCUCAGGAUGUCUUCCGGAUUAUCAAGAAAGAAGUCGAGCUUCCUGUACCCUCUCCGUCUACAGCCUCCCAGAGCAAAAACUUGAGCCUGACCGCGCGGGACGUGGAGAGGGAUCGAGGUCGUCCCCUAACCAAGUACGAGAGAAAUAUGAUGAUCUUCAAUUGGUUGCAGACCCUAGAGGAAACCGCUUAUGAUAUGAUGUCUUGAAGGAGGAGAAAGAGGGGGUGGGUGGAGGUGAACAAAGAGGAGCUUGUGAGGGAAGAUCAGCAGCAGCAGCAGCAGCAGCAGCAGCAAGCAGCAGCAGGAAGGCCACACUCAUCAUUCCAUGGUUAGAGAAGACGGACUGGAAAUGAUGGAUUGGCUCAGCUGGUGAAAUGUUCUUUUUAACCAGAAUGAGUGCAAUUUUUGCGCAACUGCCAGCUGUUUGUGACAUAGCGAAGCAAAGUAGUACUGGGAUUUAACAAAAAAAGCAGCACAGCACUGAGAUUUAAGCGAGGGAGUAAAAUGCAUGUUUAGAACAAAUGCCGGCGUGUUUUGUCGACAGUGCUAUGAUAGUGAAUACCGUAUGUAUCCCAAAACAUCUGUUUUUUAAUGACUUUUUCAAGUCCAGUAUAUGUAUGAUAUCCCAUAGCACUGUCCUAGUGAAAUGACCGCGACUUUGGUAAAUAUAUCUUAAUUUUUAAGAACUAUUCAUGUACAAAGUCCACAUAUAGACAGGUCUAUCAUCUCAUAUUAAUAAGAAUCUUUUUCAUAUUUCAGUUUCAGUGAGAAUAGAGCUAUGAACUUUCCUAAAAAAAGCUCAUAUUGUAAUCAUGAAGACGAAAACCAAGACGAGAGAGAGAAAGUGAUUGUCAGAAUCAAGAUGCUACGUGUGUGUCACAGAGUGAGUGUGCGAGAGAAAUCUCGGUCUCAGUAGGGAGAGAAAGAACUACCGCAUUUUACUUGCGAGCGUUUCGUUGAUUCUUCUUAACAAUAUUUUCAAGCCUAAAAGAGACAUUACAGGAUUUUAAUAGUUAAAAGACUAUAUAAUCAUUAUAGGCUAAGCUGAAUAAAUUUAACAACAAUAGAGAUUAAUGAAAGAAUAUUUAAAACAAUUAUUUACUAUAGCAUACUUAUAAACUACUUAGUGGGAAAAACAGUGAUGGUAAAGUCUACACUAUAAAUUAGUCAUUGAAUAAUUUUUACUGAAAGCAAGGAAUAAGAUGAAUUGUAAAUGUUAAGAUCUGGUUUUCUAAAAAAUAUUUUGAUCGACUCUGAGAUUCUCAAUAAUGAUUCUUCUCUAAAAGUACCAAGAACACUAAAUCAUUUUAAUCUUCUAACUGUAUUACAUUCCUCUAUAUACUUUAAAACCAGUGAUUGGUUGGCUUAGCCAGCUAGCAACCAGUACGAGGAAAAAUGCCAUAUGUUCGGAAGACCUUAUCCGGACUGACCUCUUUGACUGGCCAAUAUAGGUGGCGCUACGGGCGUCACUCCUUUAAAUAUAGGCAUCACUUAUACGAUUCCUAAACAUUCUAUGGUUCGCACACUUUUACACAGAGCUUUACACCACUUGGCUCAACGCUGACUGGCGAAGAAACGGUCCUUCGACUAGAAUAAGGAAAUGAAAAGAUCUUGAAUAAUUUGUCUUUAUUCCUGAGAAGCUUGCCUGAAGAGAAAAGGAACAAGUACAAUUCAUUCAAUGUCUUGAUAAAAAGAUAGUAUCGGCGAACAAUGCCAUUAACUUAAAUAUAUAUAUAUAUAUAUAUAUAUAUAUAUAUAUAUAUAUAUAUAAUAUAUUAUAUAUGUGUGUGUGUGUGUGUGUGUGUGUGUGUGUGUGUGUGUGUGUAAUGACAUCAGCCAAAAGUACAAUCUGUGUCGAUUCCACAUCGUAUCAGAAAAUUUUAAAAGGGCCAUGAAAGUUAUACAGAGGAAUUUCAAAAGUGCAGAUUUUCUCUUAUGCCUUAUAUUGAAUUCAUAUCGUUAGAAUUAUUGAUAGAAACAUUGGAAGGAUGAUAGAUAUUGAUUGAUUCUAUGGCACUUUUCAGUCGCUUUUUUGGUUCAAAACCAUUCUUGUAUUUGUUUGCGCAAACAGGACCAUCAUGGAAAAGGUUACUUGAAAAAUAAAAAAAAUCGAAACUUCUCAAACUGAGUUGUUUUUGUUUAGGGUCAGUCGAACUCCAACGCAGGAAACAAAGGCAAAAGGCCGAAAUCUUUACUACUGAGUACUUCGCGCUUCAUUUAUCCUGUUUGUUAAUAACAAGGUCACACCAACUUCAAUGCAACGUUAGCAUUAACGAGUCAUAUCUGUAUUUGAAAUAAUCUCAUAGACUUUCUAAGUGAUACCAGAUUAAAUAAUGCGGUUUUCUUGACUUGUUCGGUCAGACCGAAGAAAUGAAUAACGUCUGCAGAGGAAAUGAAAUCGGUGGACGUCGUCAUAUCAAGAUGACUGCCAUUCAUUCCCGGCAGUGGGAAUAUUUUUAACUUAUCAUUUGUUUUUGUCUCGCAAAGUAAUAGAUACAACUUGUUUAUUUGUAGGCUUCAACAAUGUGCUAGCAUAUCCUUUGGAAAAAGUAUAAUUCAAAUAUUAGCCACAGACCAGAAUGCAUAAAUCCCUAGAAUGUCAAAAUAUACGUAUUUAUACUGUGGACAUGGAAGCCUAAAUGACAAAAUACUUAGAAAUUGAAGAAUGACCAAAAUAUGAGAAAUAAACGAAGAGUAAACUAAAACAUUGGGAAAAUGUUCGGGGGCAAACUACAACUUACCUUCUACGUGACGCAUAUUCAUGAUCAAUUAAUUCCGGCACUAGGUAAUUCAAGUAAUGAACCCAAACUGUGGUCAUAUCACGAACAGUAAAGGACGUCAAGUCAAACACACGCUAUAAUCAGUGGUUCUCCGUAAGCCUUAGGGAAAAAAUAAAAAUUCUCUAAUAUUAUUCGUUAUUCUCUUAACGAGAUUUGGGGAACUCAUAUUCAGAUUCAGAAGUUUAUGAAAAAAUGGGAAAGUAUCACCAUGUAACGUCAGUUUCGUAUAGUUUACUGUUUUGCUAGUUGGACUCGUUUGGAUCUUAAGUAUGAUCGGAGAAAUGAAGCUGCAUUUUCCGCGCUCUUUGCUCUCAAAACCAAAUACAGAAUCAGGCUGAAUGUUGAAGGGGACUUAUGUUGUGCACUCUCUGGCAUUCAGCCAGGCAUUCAAGAUCUAUAGUAGUCAAGAAGCAGUGUCAAGUAACUCACUAAUUCAUUCCCAAAAGAAUAAAAUCACCCUUUAUCUUUCUCUUUCUCUCUCUUUUUUUUUUUAAUUUCCUUUAAAUGCAAAUGGGACGUAGAGGGAAGGACCACAUCAUGGAGGGGAAGAGAUAAUAAAAAAGUUAGGAACCACUGCACUAUAUAUAUAUAUAUAUAUAUAUUAUAUAUAUAUAUAUAUAUAUAUAUAUAUAUAUAUAUAUGCUCAGAAAAUCACAGGAGAUGGACGUGAUUUAGUAGAAGCGCAAACUAAAGGAAAAUAAAAGUCAGAAAUCCUGUACUAAGCAUCG